AUGGCCGCACUGGCGAGAGAUCUAAUCCAGAAGGGCAUGACGUACUCCAAGUUCGCCGUCGAGAGCGACGAGAACGCCUGCAGCACCAACAACCCGGCCAUGUACGAGCGCGCAGAGGCCAACUACCAAAAGGCCAUCGAGCUGUACCGCGAGGCCCUGAGUCUCGAGCACGACCAGACCUUCAUCCCGCUGCUGCACGCCCGCAUCAACGACUACAUCGCCCGCUGCCACGUCAUGAAACACUGGCUGGCCACCUACCACGCCCGCCAGGAGCAGGAGCGUCUGGCAAGGAAGAGGUCCCUCGUCAGGCGCGUGCUGCCCUACAACCCCAGCCUCGCCAGCCGCGGUUCCAUCCCGUCCGACCUGCUGCCCGACAACCCCGACGACGACCCCGAUCGCUCGCUAGAGGAACUCGACAUCGGUGGGCCGCAGCCCAACCCCGCGUACCUCUCGUCCCCCGAACCGGCCAACAAUUCUUCCACCAACAACUCCUCCACCUACAAUACCGCCGCCAAAAACUCUGCCGCCACCACUCCCUCCGCCAACAACUCCGCCAACACCUCCUCCGCCAACGUCUCCGCCGACCCGCCCCCUGCCCUCGACCUCCCCCCGCCCGCGGACAAACUCGCGGCCCAGGUCGACGCCCUGCUGUCGUCGGGUAAGCGCGCGCCCUCGGCCUCCUGGGACGACGUCGCGGGUCUGUCCAUUGCGAAGGACGUGCUCCGCGAGGCCACCACGCUGCCGCACCACCUGCCCACCUUUUUCACCGGCCGCCGCCAGCGCUGGAGGUCCGUCCUGCUGUACGGCCCCCCGGCCUGCGGCAAGCGCGUGCUGGCGGACGCCGCCGCCGCCGCCUACGACGCCGCCCUGUUUAUGCCCCCCAUGCAGGAGGUCCUAGAGCUCAUGGCCACGGCAGGCGCCGCCGGCGUGCGCAUGCUCUUUGAUACCGUCAAGAGGAAGCCGCGCGCCGUGCUGUACAUUUCGGAGUUUGAGGAGGCCCUGGGUGUCACCUUGACGGGCGCCAACUCUAUCAAGUUUCGACAGGCCCGCGCCCAGCUGUUAGAUGAGCUUAUGGCCUUGCGGAAGGCCGGCGAUGAUGGCGUCCUGUUCAUCGCCGCCAGCCGCGUCCCGUGGCAACUCGAUGACGCGCUGUUGAGCAGGAUCGACCGCCGCGUUUACAUCGGCUUGCCGGAUGCGGCGUCGCGCGCGCAUAUUUUGGAGGUCGGCCUGAGAACCGUUGAGCACGAUAUCACGUUGCAGGAGAUCGAGAAUAUUGCCAACGAGUGCGACGGCUACUCGCCGAGCGACCUGGCCAUGUUGGUGCGCGAUGCCGCCAUGGAGCCGGUGCGCGUUGUGACCAAUGCGACGCACUUUAAAAAAGUCACCGUCAAGGAGGGCAGGAAAAAGUCCACAAAGCACACCCCGUGCCCGCGCGACGCCACGGGCGCGGUCCAAACCGCUUUCAAGAAGCUUGACGAGAACGAUAUUCUCCCGCCGGCCGUCAAGUGCUUGGACUUUGACCUCGCCAUGACGAGCACCAAACCGUCUGUCGCGCGAGACAUGAUCGAAAGAUAUCGCACUUUCACCGAAAACAAGGGCCAGGACGGAUCGUGA